CCAUCAAGCCCCUUUUUAACGGGCCGUUCUUCGGUACCUUGGGUACCUGCUCGAUCAAGUCACGUGACUUGGCGAGUCAACGAGACCAUCCACGCUGGGCGCGGACAGGCGAUCGCGAUCCUGACGGCACCUGACGUCACCAUAAAUAGAAUGCUCUCACCAGGACCCAUUGCGUCAACUGACCUCCACAAAUUAAAUUAAACCUUCGCUCGAGCCAUCCCUGCGCUUGGCAGCUUGAGGGCCUGCGGCAUACUGCACGCGAUUUCUCUCUCAAGCCUACCUUACCUACCAUGUGCGGUCGAUAUUGCCUGGCCUUGCGGCCCUCGCAAAUUCGCCAGAUGCUGCAGGACGACGAUCUUCCAGUAGACGAUGCGCCCGAGGACGACGGCGAAGAUGCCCCGCGGCAGAGCUUCAACUUCGCUCCAAGCUAUCAUGGCAUCGUGUAUCGAGCCGAUGUGCCAGAUCGGGGAGCCGGGCCGAGUGUGAGCAAGAAAAAGUCCAAUGCUGCAAGCGACGAGUUGCCUACGGAGAUGAGCAAAGCCACAGGGGAUGUUGACGACGGUGAUGGAAAACCGCGCUUCAAGUUGCAGUCGAUGAAAUGGGGGCUCAUUCCCUCCUGGACCAAGCGCACCCCGAACUAUGCGUCGACGUUCAAGACCAUCAACUGCCGUGACGACUCGUUGGCCGCAGCCGGGGGCAUGUGGGCAAGCAUGAAAGCACGCAAGCGUUGCAUCGUCUUGGCCCAGGGCUUCUACGAAUGGCUGAAGCCGGGUGGCCCAGCAUCCAACGUGAAGAUCCCACACUUUGUAAAGCGGAAAGACGGGCGGCUUAUGUGCUUUGCCGGCCUCUGGGACUGCGCGCAGUUCGAGAAUGACGGAGGUUCCAAACACUACACGUACACCAUAAUCACGACGGACAGCAACAACCAGCUCAAGUUCUUGCACGACCGCAUGCCCGUGAUAUUCGACCCAGACUCGGAGUCACUCAAGACUUGGCUCGAUCCCCAGAGGCACGAGUGGACUGGCGAGCUGCAAGCCCUGUUGAAGCCAUAUGCCGGCGAGCUCGUUGUUUACCCUGUCAGCAGUGAGGUGGGUAAGGUGGGAAACAAUUCACCAAGCUUCAUCAUCCCGGUUGCAAGCAAAGAGAACAAAAACAACAUUGCGAACUUCUUUUCCAAGGGCCCUGCAGUCGAAAAGGAAAACAAGGUCAAGCCCGAGGUUGAGGUAAAGGAAGAGAAGUCAACAUCACCAACAGGCGGCCAUACUCAAACCAAGUCUCUCGAGGAAAUACAGGAGACAGCCGAUGACGGCGGCAUGGGAUUGCAGACGCCCGCGAGGGGUAUCAAACGAGAGGCUUCGUCUUCCCCAGCCCAAAGCGGGCCACUGGUAAAAAAGUUGGCACCCUCGGCUUCCCCGGCCAAGGAGAAGCAACCACAACAGGCGCGCGCCAAGAUCAGCGCAACAAGAAAUUCUGUGAAGAAGAGCCCGGCGAAGAGCAAAGGCAAGGCCGAUGGCAGCCAGAAGAUUACCAAAUUCUUUGCGAACAGCGCUUGACGACGGCCCAUUGAGGAUUGACUAUUAACGACUUGCUUAGAAACGACGAAGAUAAAUGCGGUACAGCGAAUUAUCGGAAUGAUGAUCGGUCUUUUUACCACGAAUUGAGAUCUCUGCAUCAGUGCAC